AUGGGCUUGAAGGAGGACUUUGACAAAGCCGCCGAGGAGGCCAAGGCGUUGCCAGACAACACCAGCAACGACGACAAGCUGUCGCUGUACGGCCUUUUCAAGCAGGCCACCGUCGGGGACAACACCACAAGCCGGCCAGGCAUCUUUGAGCCCAAGGGGAAGGCCAAGUGGGAUGCGUGGGACAAGGAGAAGGGGAAGAGCAAGGAGGAGGCGAUGCAGGCAUACAUCGACCUGGUGCAGUCCCUGAAGGCCAAGUAUGGCGCCUAG